AACAUGCCAUGGGCUUCGAGCAUGACAUACUGGUCUUGGAUUGCGAUAUUCUUCUUUCCGCAGGCCUCUUUGAUUGAUUAUGGCUGCCCUCAGGAUCUUGUCAAGAACUCUAAGCAGCCGACAUUUGACAUGGUCAUGUAGCUAUGCAUACCUAGGUAUGUAAGAUCUUACCUUAUGUUUGCUUCUGGUAAACCCGACUCGGCACGUGACUCGGCACGCAAGGCUCUGUUGUCAUUCAUUGAGAUGAGAAACAGCUGUGAUAGGAUACGUGUUACACUAAACCUAUCCUGGAAAUCAUACGAUGGUCAUUGUUGUCCACAGGCAAGCAUAAUAAUACUCGUGUCACACACUGGCAAAGCAUUGCACAUUCCCACACCGCUCAAUUUUCAUUGAAUUCCUUCAACUACCUUGAACCGCUUCACACAGGACGAAGAUGUCAGCUUCAGGAGGCUCGAUAGCCAUCAUAGGAGCAGGAUCUGUUGGAUCAGCCGUUGCAUAUUCUCUCCUUCUCCGCCAAGUUGUUGCUGACAUUGUUUUGGUCGACAUCAAUCACGAACUAUGUCAAGCACAAGUGAAUGAUCUCUCAGAUGCAACAUUCCUCUCAAACGUCAGGAUCCGACAGGGGAGUGUUCAAGAUGCCCAGAAUGCUGAUAUUAUCAUCAUCACUGCCGGAGCCAAACAAAAGCCAGGCGAUACUCGACUUAAUCUGAUAGAUCGAAACUACAAAGUUUUGAAGUCUAUCCUUCAGUCUCUGCAACCGAUUCGCAACGAUUCCAUCUUACUCAUUGUUGCUAAUCCUGUCGACGUUCUUACCCUGUUUGCACAGAGACUCUCGGGUUUGGCGAAGAAUCAAGUUCUUGGAUCUGGGACUCUGUUAGACUCGAUCAGGCUUACUAGGAUUCUCGCGAGUAAGCUCGAGGUCGCUGAUACAUCUAUCCACGCCUUCGUAAUUGGCGAGCAUGGUGAUUCUCAAUGUGUCGCCUGGUCUACGGCAACCGUGCAUGGAACACCACUACUGAAAGUCCUCCCAUUGACCGACAAUGAACGCGAGGAAAUAGCCACUACGACCAGGAAGAAAGCCGAAGCUAUCAUCAAAGUGAAAGGUUUUACCUCGUACGGUGUUGCAGCCGUAACAUCAAGAAUCUGCGAAGCUAUCAUCUUUGAUCAUCGCCAAGUCUUACCGCUAAGUCACUGGCAACAAGACCUCGACUGCUGUCUCAGUCUCCCUGCUGUCCUUGGUAGAGAUGGUAUCAUUUCGUCGUUUCCUCUUCACUUGGAUGAAGAAGAACAGUCAUUCCUGUCAGAAUCGGCAAAGGGCUUAAGGAAGGUUAUCGAAGAAUACAAGGAGGACCUGUGAUGGAGCUCAGACGCAUUCGUUACUUCGUCUUCAUCAUUUUGCGACUCCCAAGUCGUCUUACCACUGCUCUGGCAAUCAGUCAGAAGCUCAAGAUGCCAUCUCUCGUAUCAGAACUGCCUUCGCACUUCAUGGCAUCUUGUUGUAGUUCUAAGUCAACAACCCCUACAUCGUUG